AUGGCCCCUUUGACGCGAGCCGCGGGCUCCGUCGGCGCGAGAGCCGGGUUCACCUCGUUGAACUCAGCUCACCACCCGGCCGCUAACGAACCCGAGGUCAUCGAGAUAGACGAUGACGAUGAGGAGGAACCAAUGGAUGACGAAGAAAUGGACGAAGACGAGGACGAAGAAGCCGAAGACCAGGAGGACGCCGACGAAGACAUGGAGGACGAGUACGAGGAGGAAGAAGGCGACGAAGAAUCAGAGGACGGCUCGGUCGAAGACACAAACGGAGUAAAUGGAAGUGAAUCGCCCCUGCAUUUAGGCGCUCCCAAUGGUUACAGUAUGUUCCCUACCUCUUAUUCCGACUCUCGACCCUGGCGCAAAUCUAACUGCCCUCUCCCAGAAGGAGUGGACGUGACAAAAACUCCGGAAUUGUUCACUUCGGCAGGCGCACAGCAAGCAUUGCACCCUCUGCGUCGGACCGCCGACCGAGUCACCCGCCAGAUCGAAGCGUUCGCAGAGAAGCUCGACCGUUUCAAGCAAAAAGGAAGUCGCGCCGAUGAUUUCGGCAACUAUCAAGCCGCCUACCAGUUGGUGAAGAGCUACCAGACCUUGGCGCAAGAUGCCAUCCAGGAUAUCUCCAAGCAGCACACCCUGAAACGCGCCAAGAUGGGCUGGGGCGCGAGCCUCACCAACGGAUCGGCCUCCCGCGACUCCAAGACAGAAGAGGAGAUCCAGCGACUGCAACUCGAAGCAAACACCUGGCAGCUUCUUCUGAACCUAAUCAGCAUCGACGACCCUGCAACCAGAGAGAGCACCAAACAAGCCCAAGCGACCGCCUUCCAGAAGCUCCACCGCUACUCCUCGGACCGGGACGUCUGGGAACAAUUCUUGAGUGCCGACCAUUAUGCGCUGGAAUGUAUGAUUACGAUGAAAUGGCUGGAACAUACUGCAAAGACGGGCGGCCAAGACAUCGACUUCGGUCAUUUCCGAACUCGAAGCCCAGGCCGAAACGAGGCCAGGGCCUGUGGACACAUGGUUGGCUUCUACACGAAAGAGACCAUCAAAGGACAGAAGCGACUACGUGCUUGGCCUCAACCGCUGGAAUCCAACGCCCCGGGAAUUACGGCUUCCCUUUUGAGCUCGGAGAAGUCGGAGCCGUUGAUCACCCAAUUGGAUCCGGAUGCCGUCACCCGUCAGAGGCAGAAACUCCAGAAGCAGGACCAGUUCUACGAGCGGGCCACCUGGAUGGCGUGCUGGAAGAUGCUCCGUCAGGGAGAAAACUGGACGAAGAUCCGGGAGUGGUCCGAGGCGCGCUUGGAGAACUGGCGUGCUGUCAGCUUGUGCGGCUCCAGCGUGGAUCCCAAUUCUGGUGGAGAACGGACGCCUCUCGAUGACAGCUCUACUCGCAUGAUGAAUUGGCGUUCCCAAGAGACCUGGCGGGCCGCUUGUUCUGCUCUGGCCCGGAAUCCGAACACGGAAGACUUCGAACGGGCGGUCUAUUCCCUACUUUGCGGUGAAACCGAGGCGGCCUUCAAGGUCUGUCAAAGUUGGGAUGACUACCUGUACGUUUACUUCAACAGUGUGGUGCUCUCUCGCUACCAGGGAUUCUGCAAACAACUCCAACGGAAACUGAGCCACUCUCCCACGAGCCCUGUCACCUUUGUGCCCGAACCGGUCGGUUAUGGCGACUUCAACAAGUUUGUGCUGUACACAAAGGGCAACGACCGGAUCGGGGUGGAGGCCCGUAACCCGUAUCGUACCAUCCAAGCCGCCAUCCUCGGCAAAGGGUAUGAUACCUUUUUCUACUCGCUGGCCCGAGCCGUCUCGCAGGUGGCGGCAAACAAAGCGGAUCAGGCUACAUUUGUGCCGGAUCUGCCUCCAGGCGCCGUUGACGAGACGCUCCUCAUCGCCGCGGAAGAUAGCGAUGCGUUGAGGAUCGCAACACAUCUCUACAUCAUUGCCAACUCCCUUGGCUAUGUCCGCACUGAUACGCAAUUUUUCGACACAACGUCAGUGAAUGUGAUUGGGUACAUUGCGGACCUUGAGGAGGCGGGCAUUGUUGAUAUCAUUCCCCUCUAUGCAUCGCUUCUUCCGACGCACAUGGCCCACUCCGUACUGGGACAGGUCUUGAUCGAGAUCGUGGAGCCACGAGAGAGAAAGCAGCAGGUCAGGCUGAUGGACAAGUACGGCAUCGAUAUUGAGGCUGUUCUGCAGGACCAGUGGCGAUGGAUCAGUGCAAGUGUAUCUGCCGUGGACCACCCACGCACCCUCAAACAAUAUCCCAAGGUCGUCCGACGUAAGGACGGCCACCGCGAGUUGGUGAUGGUCAAGAAGGACUUCAUUGGUACAGAUAUUUGCGCCACCGAUGAGAGGAUCAUCCGCAGUCUGGAGUGGCUUCGCUACGUUGAUGGACAAUGGGGCCGGAUCUGCCAGCUCGGUGCCUUGUUGUAUCGGAAGUUUUACGUGAAAGGAAAAUUGUCUGCUGCCCGAGAGCUGAGCCGGCGCAUGAGGCUGUCUGAUAUUUCGCGGGAAUCUUUCGGUUUCGACCUGACCGAGUUCCCUGCAGGUGUGGAAGAUGGCGUUGAGCCCGGCACUCCGGAGCCUUCCAGCCCGACCAAAUCUAGACUGUUGGGUAGCCACAGACGGAGUCGGUCGAAUGGUGUCCCGUCUACUACCCAGACGAGUAUCUUGGUGCAGCAGUCACAGACGAUGCGUGAUCUGGAAGAGCUGAUCCUCGGGUUCGAUGCUCUGGAGAGGUUCGCGGUAGCGUUCGAGAAGUUUGACAAGAACAAACGCCGGCGUGAUUCUGGUGCUAUCAAGGAUUUGAGAAAUGAACUGCAGGACACUCUUGAUGAGAUCGCGAUCCACGUCGACGCAGUGUUGGACGAAUGGCUCGUCGUGGCCGAUAACGAAUCCGAGCAAGCGGAACUUGAAGAGAUCCGAAACACCUAUAUUCCCGAGUUGUUCCUUGACUAUCACAAUGCCCUGUACUACGCGGGGCACGUGCUUAGCAGUGAACAUCUGGUCCAGUGUAUGAACAUGGCGAUACAGGUAUCGGAGAACGAAUACCUGACCCGCAGCUUUGUCUUCUCUCGGCGCAUGGCGGAGCUGGUGGAUGCGUUGGCGUUGUCCAGCAAGGCCAUGGUGAACACUCGAGCGAAACCGGGCAAGAAGAUGCUCGGAGGCGAGUCUUUGGGCAUCUGGAAUAUAGAUGUGACCGAGGGUGAAAACGAGAUCCUCCGUGAGGCGCGAUGA